GGACUUUUUUCGCGCUUUCGCCAUGGGAGCCAUCAGCAGUCUCUUGGCGCGCUGGAGCUGGAAGAGUCCAGAGGAUGAGGGGGACGAAGAGCUGGAUUCUGCGUCCAAGAGAUACAAGCGGUUGAGGAAACACGCCCCUUUGUUCGAAGCCAAGAUUCCCAGCUCUUGGGUGGCCCCAGAGCUCUUAGAGAUUGUGAAGGCUUGCAAAGACUGCGAUGGCAAAAAAUCCAACGAGAUCUGCUCCCAUUUGCGUGAAGAAGUGGAGGGUGUCUUCUCCUUUCCAUGCUUCAGCCAGGAGUUUGUAAAACUCUUCAACGCUGAAAUCGAGAACUUCUAUGCUUCCAAGAUCCCUGCGCGACGGCCAAAUUCUAUGAACAACUAUGGUGUGAUUGUGAAUGAGAUUGGGAUGCGACCCAUGAUCACCCAGUUUCAGCAGGAAUACAUUUGGCCGAUUGCAAAGGCGCUCUUUCCCGAGGAGGCUUCACAAUUUGAUUCGCACCACUCCUUCAUCGUUCGCUACACCGCCACCGAAGAUCUUGGUUUGGAUAUGCAUACCGAUGAUUCUGAUAUUACUUUCAAUGUGUGCCUAGGCUUUGAAUUCACUGGAGCCACCUUGACCUUCUGUGGCUACAUGGGUGCAGCGGAUCACCGCAAGGCAUCACAUGUCUACCAUCAUGAGGUGGGUCGUGCGGUGCUCCAUUUGGGCAGCCGGCGCCAUGGUGCUGACAAUAUCGAGUCGGGCACCAGGAUGAAUCUCAUCGUGUGGUCGCACAACAAGGCGUGGCGCCGUGCUCAUCCGAGCCGCUUGCUAAGAGAGUACUACGCCAAAGAGGAUGGGCCGCCAGAUGAAGUUUGUCUCAGUUAUACCCACGACCGCGAUUACCUGGCUUACAAGAAAGCACCUAAGGGACGCGCGGGUGGUCGAAAUCGGCCCUGGUGCCCCCCAGAGGGCAAGGAGUAUGAGAACUUUCCUGAUUCUGAUACCAGCAUGUGA